CAGUUCUGCUAUAAACGUUGAAUGAGUAAGGUGCACGAUAAAAUAAUCAGAUAAUUGUUGUUUUUAGAUAUAAAAAAAUGAAGCUGAAUUACUUCAUAAUAUUCUUCACUUCACUGGUAAUGAUCAGUUCUGGAUACAUUAUUGAUUACGGUCCGGUGGUUAAAGCAACAAAAGGCGCUAUAUGGCCACAUCCAAAAAGUCAAGCAAGUAGUGUAAAUUUUAACACAAUUCGUCCCACCGUAUUUAACUUUGACAUCGUUGGAAGCACGUGCGAUAUUUUAGAGAAAGCCUUAGAACGUUAUAAAAAUAUAAUUUUAAUUCAACUAAGAAAGGUCAGGUUUCGUGUGACAAACACACCUCUAGACAAUAAAUGGAGAAACGUCCCGGAAUAUUUAGGUCACAUCGAUAGUGUCAAGAUUGAUUUAAAAACUAAAUGCGAAAAAAAUCCUUAUCUGGGUAUGGACGAAUCAUACAAAAUAACAAUUUCUCAGUCGAAAGGAACUAUUGAAGCGUAUUCUAUCUGGGGAAUGCUUCGAGGUGUAGAAUCUUUUUCGCAAUUGCUUUAUGUUGCGCCUGACGCACGCUCGCUUGUUAUCAAUGAAACACAAGUUGUCGAUGAGCCAAGGUUUCCCCAUCGAGGAUUAUUAGUUGAUACAAGUCGUCAUUUCGUCAGUAUGCCGGUUUUGGAACAGAUUUUAGAUGGAAUGGCUUAUAAUAAGUUAAACGUUUUUCAUUGGCAUAUUGUUGAUGAUCACAGUUUUCCAUAUCAAAGUAUUAAAUAUCCUGAACUUACUCAAGGUGCUUUCCAUGAAUCAAUGAUUUAUAGUCAGAAGGAUGUUGCAAGAAUUAUUGAAUACGCAAGAUUACGAGGGAUUCGUGUCAUGCCGGAAUUUGAUACUCCUGGCCAUACUAGAAGUUGGGGUGCAAGUCAUCCAGAACUUCUGACAAAAUGUGGUGGGCCUUACACAGGCAAAUUAGGUCCAAUCAAUCCAAUCAUUGACAGCAACUACGAUUUCCUUUUCAAUCUAUUUGAAGAAAUUGGUGAAGUUUUUCCUGAUCUUUUCGUUCAUCUUGGUGGUGAUGAGGUUGGAUUCGAAUGUUGGGAAACUAACCAAGAUAUUAUAGAUUACAUGAAAACUUUCAACAUAACAUCAUUUGCCAAUCUUGAAGAAUUUUACAUUCAAAAACUAAUCGAUAAGAUAUCGAGACUUGAUAAAUUAACUUCAGUCGUGUGGCAAGAAGUUUAUACAAAUGGUGCUCGAUUGCCUAAAGGAACGCUUGUUCAUAUAUGGACUGGUGAUCAGAAGAAACUUCUCUCAAGGGUCACUAAAGAUAAACUUCCAGCACUUUUAUCGACAUGUUGGUAUCUUGAUCAUUUGUCAACUGGAGGCGAUUGGGUGAAGUUUUAUAAUUGCGAUCCACAUAAUUUCCCAGGCACAGAUGAGCAGAAAAAACUUGUUAUUGGUGGUGAAGCUUGCAUUAGGUGGGGUGAAGUUGUUGACGACUCAAAUAUCAUACAAAGAAUCUUCCCAAGAGUUUGUGCAACAGCUGAGAAGUUAUGGUCUCAAAAAGAAAUAACAAAUGUUGAUGCAGCUAUGAAAAGAUUAGAAGAACAUUAUUGUCGUAUGAGACACAGAAAUAUUAAUGCACAACCACCUAGUGGACCAGGUCUUUGUCUGUAGGAAAAGAAGUUUUUGGUGUUCAAGGAACGGGUUACAAUUUUCAAUUAAAACAAAUAAAAAUGAAACCAAGAAAUACAUUCUUAUAAGAUUUAUUCAAAAAUAUUUUCUAAUAAAGAAAUAAUAUAUUUUUCUCUCU